AUGGCCAUGUCCGACGACAACAGCGACGACGAUGAGGAAAUCCUCCAACUUCAACUUCAGGCUAUUCAAGCGAAACUCAAGUUGAAGAAGCUCCAGAAACAAAAAUCAUCGCAGAACACCAACGACGACGACUCGCGACCCAGCUCAGAGAACUCAAACUCCCCACGAAAGAGACAAAAGACCCAGUCAGCAGCCUUCGACCCUGCCGUUCAAGUCACUGUGUCACCGAUCAAGAGCCACAUGCCCCCUCCUGCCUUGCCCGACCCAACAUCACCAGCACGUGUUCGCCUGGGCAUUGAUAAGGGCCUCAAAGCGGCAGAUGUCUCGUUGAAAAGAGCUAGGAAUGGUUCGACCUUAUCAAGCAGGAGCACAUCCAGAACAACUCUGCCCGCAGAGCCCGAGAGACCNAAGCAAAGUUUUAGCGAUCGCAUCGCUGCCAAUCGUCUCUCCGCUGAGCAACAACAAGCAAAACAACAAAGGAUCGAGAAGGCUAGAUCGCAGGGCUUCGGACUCGCUGCUCAAGCCACACCUCGUGCGACCAGAGAGACGACACAGUCGAGACCACAACUUUCACGUACGCAGAGCGAUAGAUCAACCAGACAACUACCCACCGAAAGCAGUACUAGCAGCUUCAGUCGUUCAAUACCUACUUCUUCAGCCUCACAAAGUCCCUUCCUGUUCCAACGUGCUACCCAGCAGUCAUCUUCAUCAACCGAAGUCCGAGGUCGUUCUUUCCGGCCUACUGUAGGCUUUUCACACGAUGAUACACCCACUUCUACAGAACCCGCUACAGACGGAUCCUGUUUCGAGAGCUUCUCGUCACUUCAUCUUUCUAAGAGAAAACUGCCACACACAACCUUGGCUCGCGCUUUGGACGGCAAGGAAAUCUACACUCUACCUCGAUUGUUGAAAGAAGUAACAGCACCGACUUACGAGCCUCCAGACUGUGAGACCGACUUUGUCGUCUUGGCUGUCAUCGCCUCAAAAUCAAGCCCUUAUGACACCCGCCCAAAACACAAGCAGACCUCGUCUGUCGAAGACGACGACUCGGGUCCGACGAAGUUUAUGGUCAUGACGCUCACUGACCUCAAAUGGGAAGUUGACUUGUUUCUGUUCGACACUGCCUUCGAAGCAUUCUGGAAGAUGACUCCGGGGACAGUCGUCGCUAUGCUCAACCCGUCAAUCAUGCCUCCCAAAACGAAUCAACACUCGGGCAAAUUCAGUCUGAAGCUUGCUAGUUCAGAAGACUCUGUCAUGGAAAUUGGCUCCGCACGAGACCUUGGGUUCUGCACGGCUCUCAAGAAAGAUGGUCAAGAAUGCCACUCUUGGGUCAAUGCACGCAAGACCAAGUUUUGCGAUUUUCACAUUGAGCUAGCGGUCAACAAGACGCGUGCUGCACGUAUGGAGGUCAACACUAUGUACCGGCCCAACAGCAAGUAUGAGAAGAAUUCUCAUACUGUGUCUAAGGGAUUUCUCGAACGUCAUAACGAUCCUAUGAAGAGGGACUCCGAAAGCAAUGAGCGAUACUUCAUGGUCCCAGGCUCUCGCACCACCGCAUCUCUCCUCGAUCAAGACGACUAUGGUAAAGCAGAUGCCAUGCGCCGCCGCCUCAAAGACAAAGAGAAGGAUCGUCUCCUCGCUGAGAAGCUGGGUCAGAUGGGCAACGGCAUCGGAGCAGAAUACUUGAGAACUACGACAGGUGCUUCAGAUGCCACCAGAAACACAAACAUGGACAACACGAACGAGGACGCACCUCCAUACAAGCCUUCGGCUGCGGAACUUGGAUUGAUCAACAAGAACGCUUCCCAGGUCCGCCUCAGUCCAGCCAAAGACCGUCGAAAACUCUUUUCCGUCCUUCCUGGUGGCACAAAGACCACGGCCGCAGGUCCUGAAGCUAUGGGUUGNGGAGGCUACGCAAGAAGAGGCUUGGGCGAAACAUCUCACAAACGUAAUCUCAGCCCAGAGAAAGGACAGACUAGACUCCAUACACAUAUCCGACCUAGUUCUAUUGCUUCAUCCAUGACUAGCGCUGGCGUUGGUUCUGGAGAGAAGAGUCCGAAGAAAGCUAGGUUCCAGCUUGACAAGGGAAUUCGAGAGCCGGGAAGAGAUAGCUUGGAUGCUAGGGUCGUUCUCGAUGACAGCAGCGAUGAUCUGGAGAUUAUCUAG